GUAACAGGCUCAGGAAAUCGCUAGCAAUAUCUAUUAUUCAGGUCAUGGGAUGUUGUCUUCGAUACCGACGUGUCGGCUAGGCGGUUGAGCUGAAUUCAUGGGCGAGGCAAGCCCAGACAACCGCCAGAAAAUCCUGCGCAGCUCUCAUUGUGAUUUCUCAUGAUUUUUGUAGCCAGUCCCAUCAGCGUUGGCUGGAUUCGUGUCAUUUAUCUGGGGGUCGCAACGACACCGCGUUUCAAUCUCGGCUUUUACCAUCUUUCCAGCAACGCAAAUGACGAUGAUCAGCGAUUGAUCGCGCUCUUGGCAUACGCAACAAGCGGUCUUCUUCCCGACUUCAUCAUGUGGUUCAAAGCGCAGUUCGGAGGCAAAUCAAAGCAAUCCCCGCAGUGGCGGCGCGACUCUUUGUUUAAAAGCGACAUGAUGCGUUCAGUUUUCGCUCUCGCCACUCUCGCACUCUCCCUCCUUUCGUCGACUUCGGCGCACCCACACAAGGCGUCGUCCACAGUACCCGCAGUCCGACGUAGGGGGGUAGGCAAUUGCGCCGACUCCAUCUCCAAGCGCGCGAGCGGCCUCGCGGAUGCCCGUCGUCGAAGUCUCCGCCACCGCCUCAGCGAGGAUACCACUAAACUCGCUGCGCGUGGUCUGGAAGAGAGGGCUAAGUACCCUACCAUUCAAAACGACACUUGCAUUCUGUCCCCAGACACGAUCUUUGGACCCUACUUUGUUGACGGGGAGCUGUACCGUCGUGACAUUCGCGAGGGUGCCGAUGGUAUCGAUUUGUACCUGGACAUCGGAUUGAUUGACGUCGAUACCUGCGAGCCAAUCGAGGACGCCUACAUUGACUUCUGGCACUGCAACGCAGCUGGCAUUUACAGUGGAUACACCGGAAUUAACCCGGAUACUGUCGAGCCCUUCGACGGCGUCACACUCCGCGCAGACGGAACCACUGACGACACCACCUUCCUCCGUGGAUUUACUGCGACCGAUGAGAAUGGUAUCGCCGAAUUCCUCACCAUCUUCCCGGGAUAUUAUGCUUCGCGUACGACCCACAUCCAUAUUGCUGUACAUGUCAAUGGCUCCAUUUCUGAGGACGGCACCAACACUCUCGCGACCUCCAGCAUCCAGCAUGUCGGCCAAUUGUUCUUCGAAGAGUCACUCAUUAACCAAGUGUAUGAAAUCGGGGCUUACACUGCUCACUUGAGCACCCUCGAUCGUGUCACCAAUGAUGCGGACACCAUCAUCGGCGGAGCCAACAGCGACGGAUACAGCGCCUUCGUAUCCACCGAACUUCUCGGAGACAGUCUCGAGGACGGUCUCGUUGGAUACAUCACCGUCGGCGUCGACACCACUGCCAUUUUCGACACCAGCAACUCCAACCCCGUUGGUGUCAUCCCCACUGUGUCUUUAGCUGAGGGUGCCGAAGCGUCCGCCAGCGCUGUCGAUGCUGCUGAAGGUCUAACGGUCUGAAGAAGGGAAUAGAAUGCUGCCGUCUUG